AAGCAGCACCUGGAUACAUCCACUUCCGGACAACUGCUACUAGGAUAUCGCGUCGCAGCCGACAAACGACUGCAACGGCACCUUUAUUUUAUGCCCCCGUAUUGCAUACACCAGGUGCAACUGGACCGCGCAAAUCCCACACGGUGAACAACACGCCACGCGACUCCUUGUAAUUCACCGAUUCCCGAUUUCGCGCUCUCCACCGUGCAUGCGCUCCGGGAUUUGUGCUGGUUCACUUGCACCUAGUGCAUGCAAUAAUUUCUCCUUGAUUAUAUAAUAAGUCUUAUAAGGAGAUUGGCUCUUUGCUCUCUGGAUGGUUGGUCCCAUGCCCCAGCAACAUGCCCGACCGACCGAGCGACCAGUUCGACAGGUUGUACGAGUGCUGGCUCGCCGAGAAGCACAGCGACCUCCAGGCCCUCCGCGCCGCGGCCUCCGCCCCACGCCCGAAGACCCCCGAGGAAGAAGCCGAGGAGGACCGCCGGCUCAAGCUCCCCGUCGAGCGCGUCCUCGGCCAUUGCGAAAACUACUACCGCGCCAAGGCGGCUUGCGCGACGCGUGACGUGACCCCCAUGUUCUCCCCCACGUGGACCAGCUCCACCGAGAAUCUCUUCCUCUGGGUCGGCGGGUGGCGCCCGAGCGUCGCGUUCCAUCUACUCUAUUCCAAGUCCGGCCUCCAGCUCGAGGCCCAGCUGGGCGAGGUCAUCCGGGGGGUGCCCACGCGGGACCUGGCCGACCUCUCGCUGGAGCAGCUCCAGCGCAUCAACGAGCUCCAGUGCCGGACUAUACGGAAGGAGAAGGAGAUCUCGGAAGAGGAGGCGAGGACCCAGGAGGGCGUCGCCGACACGCAGAUGGUGGAGCUCUCGCACGUGCUGAGCGAGACGGGAGGAACCGCGGAGGCAGCGGAGAUGAUGGAGACGGCGAUGCAGGAGAAGAGGGAAGGGAUGGGGAGAGUGUUGGAGAAGGCGGAUGAAUUGAGGCUGGAGACGUUGAAGGGGGUCGUGGAGAUCCUCCGGCCGAUGCAGGCGGUCCAUUUCCUGAUCGCGGCCGCGGAAUUGCAGCUCUGGCUGCACGAGUACGGGACGAAGAAGGACGCGGAGAGAGGGACGGCGUCGUCUGCGUGAUCGGAGCCACCAUCUGAUGCGGUUAGCUCUGUUCGAGUAUUAAAUACUUAAUCCGGAUGCCGUUAAAGAGCCAAGGACAGGGAGAAAACUUGGGACU